CAGAGAAAUGUUAGAACUUCUCUUUUUCCAUAUAUCACAAUCGUUUCGAGGCGAAACUCUAGGAUCUACGAACGUCCGAUUCCAAUCAUCGGAAGUUUGCCGAAACCGAAACCCUGGUAUUUCAAAACCCUAGAAUCAACCGAUGAUGAAGACUUUUUCUAUUCAGAGCUUCAAAUGAAGAUUCUACACGCGUACACCCAUUUCUCUUGAUGAUUUCAAUCUUUCUUCAGAAGGAAGUUUUCUAUUCCGACAUUCGAUGCAAAAAGUAACUUAUCGGGUAAAAUAGUUUUACCCCGACUUUGCGUUAGUCACCUAAAAUACCAGGAAACCUCUUUUGAGUUUUGGAUUUAUGUCGCCAAAACCUAUCUUAGAAUUCACGGAGAAUGAAGCCGGAAAAAUCGGAAUCACUCUUAUAUUUUUAUCUUAACUCUGAGUUAAAUCCUCCGAUAUCUAAACAAAACUGUACCGGUUUACAAAAUAUCUACUCAUUCUUAUCCUAUCUCUGAUAAAUAUCUAUUCAACCUUAUCCGAUCUUUGAUAUAUAUCUACUCAUUUCUUGGUUAAUGGAUCAUUUUAAUUUGCUCAAAGUGAUCAUAAUUUAUAUUUUACUAUUUCAUAAAGUUCCUCAUAAUUUUUAGUAUAGUUAUAUAUCCAUUAUAUAUUUUUCUCUUAACUUUGUGAGCUAAAUUCUUAAGUGUAUAAAUCAAUUUAUACCAGUUUACAAAUAUCUUUCCUAAAUAUCUAAACAUCCCUAUCCUCUCUGAUUCUUUUCUUUUCUGGCAGCACCCAUAAACACACGCACACCACGGUCCCUCUCUUUCUCUCAUUCUCGUCGACUGUCUUGCUAUAUUCUGACUUUUCCUUCUUUCUCUUCAUAAUUAUCUUUCUUUCUUAUUCUUCUUCUUCUCUAUUUCUAUAUAUAUAUAUAUAUAUAUAUAUCUCACCAUCCUUAUCCCCCAUCCACUGUCAUACUCGACACACCCAUUCCUUUUUCUUCAUUUCUUCCAUGCCAACUUCAUCACCAUAUAUGCUGAUUUCUUCUUCUCCAUUACGUGCAAUCACCAGCCACCAACAACAUCAUCUUCUUCUUUAUUUUCGUGAGCCACCCCCAUGAAACAACUAUGGCUUCCACCUUGCUUUCCUCUCUUGCAGCAAGUCACCACACCACCAUUUCUUUCUCUUGAAGCAAACCACCAUCACCUUCUUGUUCACUACGAGGCCACCAUAACCAUCCUUCUUUCUUCUGCUACUUCACGCAAGAAGCAACCUUCGUGAGCCUUCCUCUGUAUUGGACAGCCACGACCCUGCUUCUCCUUCCACCGAUAGCAACCAACACCACCAUUAACGCACCACAACCAUGGCAGCCCCACCACUAUCGUGAAAGCCACCAACACCAUGCCAUACUUCAGCUUCUUCACCACCACCAUGAACAAGGUAGCCACGGCCACACACCACUUCUGUCCAAGCGAGAUCGACAACAAUUCUGAGGCUACAACGCUUCAUUAAUGGUUGAAAUCAACUUCUGGGCAAGGUUUGAUGGAUUUGGGGCGAAGAGGGUGAGAACGACGAAGAACAGAGGAGAAAACAAAGUGCCACCGUCGCCGACAUCGCAAACUUUGACCUUCGAUUCCGGUGUACUCGGACCUCCGCUCACAGCGAGGUUAGUACCGUUGGAACCCUUGCAACGUCCACAACAAGACCCAUAUCCCGGAUCGUCGUUCCGUCGCCGUCGACCGCCGCCGCUGCCGCCUUCGGGAGCUCUUUCCGGUCAACUCCGGCGACCGAUGGAAAAACGGAGGAUACCGCUACGAUCCUUGCCGUGAGGAGAGCAAACCACUAUCCUCAAUUUCGUAUUUGGGUCAUUUUAUUUGACGACCCCGACAACCACCGUCGACCUUCGGCUGAGCUUUCUGGGCAAACCGUCGACUCUUUGGGGAAACGGACAGCGCCGUUGAGUUUCUGGCCGCGAAAGGAUGAAGGAACAACCUACCUUUGUGUCUCCGGCGACAGUUCCUCCGUCAACCCCGUGAGCCGCAACUUUCUCUGGCGACUCUUCGCCGACAAGUUUCAGAAACUUGAUUUUCGUACGAUGAACGGAAGCACCCUGCAUCGAAGCUACACAAUGGAAGGAAUCGAGCCGACGCAGGCAAACAAAGAUGUAAUCGGAUCGGAGUUGCACCUUAGUAUGGAAAUUGGCCAAGGUGAGGGCUUCUCACUGAAUACUAGCUAAUGCUUUAGGUGUCGACGAAUUCGACUUGAUUUAUUGUUUAUGCACUUAUUUGUGUUUGACUGAGAAAUGUUUUCUGAGGCUACGGCUGACAAUUGAUAAUCAUUUAUCGCUUGAAUUGUUUUUGAGUUUGAAUCACAUGCUAUGUGCUAAAUGGUUAAUCUAGGAUGUGUGAUAUCUGCCCUAUAUGCUAAGUGUUAUGUGGUUAACUUAGGUUGUGUUGAUAUAUGAGCUAUGAUUGUUGGAUUGUGCUAAUUUAACUAUGCUAUUACACUUAUAUCUGUGAUACUGAGGAGUGAGAAUAAGGGGCAGGUCAUGCCGAUUUUAUUUUGAGAGUUUGAGAAAGUUUGACGGGACGAACGGAGUUCGGGCCUUGUUAUUGUUUUAGUGGAUCGAGACAUUCUCUGGGAUUUACUUGGGAUUAUGGGAUCUUUGAAACUCGUAGGAAAUACGAUAAGACUAAAAGGAAACUAUUUUUACAAGGAAAAUUCAUAAGAUAUUAACCAACCUCUAAACCUUUAAAUAAUGAUAACAAUCUCGGAUGCAAGCUUGGGAUCAAGUCUUAGUUUUGAAAAAUGAGAAGUGUCGUCGAGUCCAAGUGUUGAGAUAUUGAUAAGGUUUGGGUAUGUUGGUACUCUGGCGCUCUGGGAGCAGUCGUGUUAAUGGGCUAUCCGAGAGAUAAGCCGGGAACGAGUAGUUUCCGAGUAUGUCGAUACUCUUGUUCGUUGAGCAGUUUUGACCAUCGGAUGGAGAUGAGUCGGAUGAUUUGGAGAUCAUCAUGAGAUAAUGUUUAUACCUUCGGGUACAGUUUAUGCCUUCGGGUACAGUUUAUGCCUUCGGGUACAGUUUAUACCUUCGGGUACAGUUAUGCCUUCGGGUACAGUUUAUACCUUCGGGUACAGUUUAUACCUUCGGGUACAGUUUAUACCUUCGGGUAAAGUUUAUGCCUUCGGGUACAGUUUGGCUUCCGGUAAUUCGGACAUCGACUAUGUCAAGGUUGUAAGUGACACUCGAGGGAUUAUGGUCGACACAAUGCCAGUGUUAGGACCGACUCGAUCGUGCCCAGCCUACUUCUUCCGGAAACGUUGAAAAUGACGUUGCAUUGACAUAUCAUGCACUUUAACUAUAUUCGUUGAUAUAUUGCUUAUCGAGUUUUCGAGAUAUAACUUAUUGAAUCGGUGAGUGUGAUUGAUAAUUGUUAAUCUUAUCUGAUGCAUGCUAAUUGUUAUUAUCGUCUUUUAUAUUCAUUGUGAAAUAUACAACCCUAGGAUGUUAUCCCUAGCUAUAAGCCUAAGUGGCUAUUCUCUUAUCUAUAUCUAUUGGUGGUAUUAUUUACAUAAUUCUUUGGUGUUGACCCUCGCGUCUUCUGUGUGUGCUUUGGCGGACAAACGCCCUUUGUCAGAUGUCUUUGACGGACUGGUUCACGACGGUUCACCCUUUGGGGGGGAACUAGGGUUGAAAUGCUGGAACAAGAGCGCAUCGCGGUCGCGAGAGGAGGACGGAUGGUGUACAUAGACUAGGUCGUUCUGAAUUCAGAUUUCGGACGACGAUCACGCUAGCAUGUAGGAUUGAGUGUUAGUGUGAGCUCCUCGAGAUGAGAUUAGUGUAGGAGUAGAGUCUUAGCUCUGAACAUCAUUUGUUUCUUUUGGGACAGGGUAGUUUCCCACCUAUAGCUUUUGUGUGGUUUCUUUACGGGAAUCACAGAGAGUUGGUUGGACUUAGGAGGUCUUGUUUUAGGCCGGUUGGGCUGACUUAUUCUUAUUUUGAGGGAUAGUGUUGCAGACACUUGACCUUUCUUUUGGAUUGUACCUUUUGCCUACGGGCGUUACCCUUUUCUACUUUCCAUCACUAGAGGUUACUCGUGACGAGGUUGCUACUUACAGCGGGGGCUGAAAUUAUUAUUGUACAUUAGUUCUGUUAUCUUUUGUUGGGAGUUUAUUUCUUUCAGUCUUUGGUUCUAUUAUCGAAAAAAAAAAAUAUUCACGUUUUUCCGCAUUAAGUUUUUCAUUUGGUUACUAAAGUGACGCCACCGAAAUCGGGGUGUUACAUGGCAUGCACCGCGGACCAGGAGUAGGAGCACCACCACCACCGUCAUCUUCUGAUGAUGAGGACCCCUCAAAGGAGGAGCCUGUGGGAGGGACUUCUGCGGAGUCCAGCUCACCCACUGUUGCUGUCAUCGAUGAUUUUGACUCGGGCCCUAAGCCCGUGAGGCCAGCACAGGAGCGCAUCGGGGUAGCGAGAGGAGGUAGGAUGGUGUACAUAGACUUGGUCGUUCUGGAUUCAGAUUCGGACGUCGAUCACGCUAGCAUGUAGUUUUGAGUGCUAGUGUGAGCUCCUCGAGACAGGAUUAGUGUAGGAGUAGAGUCUUAGCUCUGACCGUCAUGUUUCUAGUUGGGGACAGGGUAGUUUCCUGCCGAUAGCUUUUUGUGUGGUUUCUCUACGGAAAUCACAGAGAGUUGGUUGGACUAGGGGGUCUUGUCUUAGGCCGUUUGGGCUAACUUAUUCUCAUUUUUGAGGGAUGGUGUUGCGGACACUUAACUUUUCCUUUGGAUUGUACAUAUUGCCUACGGGCGUUACAUUCUACUACUUCCCGUCACUGGAGGAUACUCGUGACGUGGUUUGUUUCUUACAAAGGGGGCUGUAAAUAUUAUUGUAUAUUAGUUCUGUUAUCUUUUGUUGUUGAGUUUCAUUUCUUUCACUCUUUAAUUUUAUCAUCAAAAAAAAAAUAUUAACGUUUUUCCGUUUUAAGUUUCUUUUUGGUUACUAAAGUGACGCCACCGAAAUCGGGGUGUUACAUACUGCGUCUAGGUUUGAGGGUUGUGAGAAGUUGAAGUCCCUCAAAAUGAAAAAUAUGAUCAUGGAGGAGGGAGCUGUGAAUGAUGUUCUGAAAAAAUGCUCUAGUUUGGAGAGGUUCAGCCUGGUAGAGUCAACUGGGUUCAAAAAACUUUUAGGAUUUGUAACACCUGUCUUAUGUUCUUGGAGCUCCGGUGGUUGGUCGUUAGUGAGAUAGAUGUUUCGGUUGAGGAUCUUCAGAAAGUGGUGCUUGAUUCUCUUGUUUGUCCAACAAAGGGUCUUAAAAUUGAUGUCGUGAACCUCAUAAAAUUUCGUUCAGGUUGCAGCUCAAUUGCUCAGAAAUUUCUAUCUUACUUCUCAAAGAAAAGCAUUAUAAAAACCCAAGACAUUCUUGAAAAUUGCAGCGAUCUUUUUGCAUCUCGAAUGAUCAAUAUUUUUCGAGAUCUAUUAUCCAUGUCCAUUGAUUUGGAUUUGAACAACAUAAGAGAAGCUUUAGCACUUUCCUUCGUACUAAAGUCAUGCACCAAACUCCAAUCUCUUGAAAUUACUAUACCGGUAAAGGAGAAUUCAUAUUCGAGUGAUGAUUUUGAUGAUGGCGCUCUACCAUUUUCCAAGUCAAUGUUCUGGGAGAAACGACCAAUAAUGUACAACAAUCAUGCUCACGAGUUAAAAUCUGUUACUAUAAGGGGGUUUACUAGCAUAGAACUAGAAGUGAAGUUUCUUGAGAAUUUGAUUACAAGAGGCAUUAUGAUGGAAAAAAUUACUAUAAUUUACAAUUCCUCAAUUGUGGGCAAGGAAAAUUAUUUAUUGUCGCUGCGAAGAGCAUCAGUUUAUCUCUCCAUCAUAUUGAAGUCACAUAGGUUGCUAAAGUAGUCCAUGGCAGACUGACGCAUCUCAUUGGAAAUCAUAAGUUUAGCCAAGUGAUAAUCAACAUUGUAUGAAUUAUUGAGUUAAUUUUAAAUGACCCCAUUAAAUAAAAAGUGAAUCUCUCCUAAUUGAGAGUAAGAUUCAUAUCAUUAAGUUUUAUAGUAUCCAAGUUUAAAUUUUCGGGGAUUCGAUAUGAGGAAGA